CCUGACACUUCCGGCACCGGUACAGCCACUUCCGCUUCCGGCGCGGCGCCGCGCGUGUGGCGCGUGGAGAUGCGGCCGCUGACGGAGGCGGAGACGCGGGCGGUGUUCGAAAAGCUCGGGAGAUACAUUGGUGAAAACAUCCAGCUGCUGGUGGACCGGCCCGAUGGCACCUACUGCUUCCGCCUGCACCGUGACCGUGUCUACUAUGUGAGUGAGAAGCUGCUGAAGGGUGCUGCGAGCAUCCCGCGGGACAGCCUGGUGGCACUGGGCACCUGCUUUGGCAAGUUCACCAAGACACAGAAGUUCCGUCUCAGCGUCACUGCCCUGGACUUCCUUGCACCCUAUGCCAAGUACAAGGUGUGGGUGAAGCCGGGCUCAGAGCAGUCCUUCCUCUAUGGCAACCAUGUGCUGAAGUCGGGCCUGGGCCGCAUCACGGAGAACACAGCGCAGUACCAGGGCGUGGUGGUGUACUCCAUGGCUGACAUCCCACUGGGAUUUGGGGUAGCUGCAAAAUCCACCCAGGACUGCCGGAAGGUGGACCCCAUGGCCAUUGUGGUGUUCCACCAGGCGGAUGUUGGAGAGUACGUGCGCAGUGAGGACACACUGACUUAGGACAGCGCAAGUGCUCAGGAGCCACAAGCAUUCCUGGGCAGAAUGGACUUGUCCUGUGUCAUGCACAGUAGCAGCACACGGAGCCAUAGGGAGCACACCUGGAGCAGGGGCUGGAAGCAGUUGCUGCCACUGUGAACACAAGGAGGCACCAGCCCUGCUGCUGUGGUUGCAUAAAGCCUGUUCCUUCUUCCAAA